GGCGAUCAUCCAUUAGACCGACCGGGCGCACGCAUGAAAUACGAGGACAACUUUUUGGGAGAUCGCUCGAGGAGAAGAUUGGGCUCGUUUCUCUGAUUUUCCAGGGCUGCAUCCCCCUCCUUAAUGAUGGAGGUGUUGCAGUGUGAUGGUUGUGACUUCCGUGCUGAGUCAUACGAUGACUUGAAGACUCACAUUCAGGAGGUACACACAGUAUUCCUGCAGCCUGCAGAUGCAGAUGAGCCUGAAUCUAUGAACGAUGAGGAUGAGGAAGAAGAAGAAAAGGAAGAACAUGAUGACAAAGAUCGCACACCUUCUAAAGCUGGAAUGAGCCCUAACUCUACAGACAGUUCCAACCAAACAUUACAAAAACAGACUGCUGAAUCCCUCCUCCCAUUUUACCAGUGCAAGUUCUGUGUCCGUUACUUCAGAUCUAAGUCCUUCUUGAAGAACCACACGAAAAAGGUGCAUAAUGUUGGAGAGGAAGAUUCAGAUGCCAGCAACUCCUCCCAGACACCUAAAAAUCCCAGCUACGCCAUGAUAAUGCACAAUGACUUAUCAAAAGUCUAUUCCUGCCAGUAUUGCACAUACAAAUCUCCACGCAAAGCAAGGAUAAGAAAACACCAAAUAAUGUAUCAUAACAAAGUUCAUUCAGAAGCCACUGAGGAUAUUUCAGAAUAUGCUGAGGCUGGAGAUGAAUCUGAGUGUGCUAGUGGAUAUUUCAAGGGAACAUUUGCCUGUGAAUGGUGUGACUAUCAGACUGACCAGAAGGAUGGCUGGACAAAUCAUGUGGUGAAGGAGCACAGUGAUAAAGUGAAGAUAGUUUCCAAUGUUGACGACCUGGAAAAAGAGGCAAGUGCAAGCCCUUCCAGACCAAACUCACCUUCCUCUUCCAGAAGCCCACCUAUGUCAAAAGUGAAUUUUUGUGAUGUGAGUGAACAGGAAGGGUCCAUAAGUGAAACGCCAGAAGAGACUUCAGAGAAGUCAGCUACUAGGGUCUCCUCCAUGAAAUAUCCACAGAUCGAUGCAGUAAAAUCGAAUAGUAAAGAUAGUACCAUCUUUUCCAAGACAGUUGCUGUGUCUGAUGUCAUUGAAAUGGAUUCUAGCCUACACAAUGAAGAAGACUCCAGGAGCAGUUUGGAAGAUAAUGAGGAGGAGUUAGGUGACACGGAUGAUCCCAGCUACACUGGGACCCUGUCAGCAGAUGCAAAGCAACUUUUGACUGAAGAGGAUAACAAAUUGCUGGAGACUAAAGGGAUACCAUUCAGAAAAUACAUGAACCGGUUCCAGUGCCCAUUCUGUUCCUUUCUUACCAUGCACCGGAGGAGCAUUUCCCGCCACAUUGAAAACAUUCACCUUUCUGGUAAAACAACAGUCUAUAAAUGUGAUGAAUGCCCAUUCAUUUGUACCAGCCGCCUCAAACUAGGUACACACAAGAAGAGUCAUAAUUCCUCAGAAUUGGAGACAAUGGACCUAACCAGUGAUAGUCCAGAACCACAGGACGAUAGUGUUGUAGAGCCAGUCAAUGGUGGUAAUGUAGGUUCCAAAGUUAAUGGGAAAAAGUCAACCAGCUCAGUGAACGACCAGCAAAAUCCUCACCGCUGCACACUAUGCAGCUUCUCUACCGCAACACUGAAAGGCCUGAGGGUUCACCAGCAGCAUAAGCACUCUUAUUGUGAUGAUCUACAGGCUGGUGUUUUUAAAGUCCCAUUGGCUGAACAUCUAGACUCUGAGGGUGACAGUUCUCCAAUAUUUUUACAAAAAACCCAGACCUCCAUUCUAGGACUCACCACCAGAAAGCCCUUGGUAAAAGGGAAAAGAGCCAGGAAGUCAAUUAAUGACAUGCCUUUGGAUUUGUCUUCAGUUAAGAAGAGAACUAGAAUUGAUGAAAUUGCCAGCAACCUUCAGAGUAAGAUAAGCCAAAGCCAACAGGACAUGAUAAUAAAUCUGGAUGACGUUGAUGAUGAAGAAACUGAAAAUCAUGCCAAUACUGAAAAAGAGAGUAAUAACCACGACAUUAAAAAUGCAGUCUUCACUUACAAUACACUUCACAUAAGAGAGUCAACAAUGUCUCAUGAGGGAAGCAGAGUAGGGAAACGGAAAAGUAACCCUAAGUCAAAAUCUAGGGUCAUUCCCAUCUCAUUGACUCUGUCAGAUGAUAGCGAAAACAUUUCUGCCGACAUCAGUGAGCUCCAAGACCAGAGCAACCUGGACAGUAGAGACAAUUACCAGGAAAAUACAGAAUAUUCAGAGGAGCCUGGGACAGCACUUUUCUAUUGCAAACACUGUGAUUACCACAACAAGUCAGCCCGCAGUGUCAGCACUCAUUAUCAGAGAAUGCACCCCUAUAUCAAGUUCAGCUUUAAAUACAUCCUGGACCCUGAAGACCAGAGUGCUGUCUUCCGCUGCCUUGAGUGUUACAUUGAAUACACAAAUUACAACGAUUUACACCAACACUAUAUGGAUCAUCACCCUGAAGCAAGCAAUGUACUCAACUUUAACCAGCCAAAUCUUGUCUACAUGUGCCGCUUCUGUUCAUACACAAGUCCGAAUGUCAGGAGCCUGAUGCCUCAUUACCAAAGAAUGCAUCCUACAGUAAAGAUCAACAAUGCCAUGAUAUUCUCCAGUUAUGUGGUGGAGCAACCCCACAAGAGCAGUGAAUCUCAAACACUGCGAGAAAUAUUGAAUUCUGGCCCCAAGAAUUUCAAUUCCAUCACAUCUUCCUCCACCCCCAGGUCCUCCUCCAGCCCAGUCCUAAAAAUUGUCUCCAAGACACCCGAAGCCAGUGCUGAUACAGAGGUUCGGAAAGAAGCUAUGGGUAGUAAUGUUGUGGUAUAUGACUGUGAUGUCUGUUCAUUUACUAGCCCUAACAUGCACUCUGUUUUGGUCCACUACCAGAAGAAACAUCCAGAGCAAAAAGCAUCAUAUUUCCGUAUACAGAAAACAAUGAAGGUAAUCUCAGUUGAUAGACCACAGUCUGCUGCCAACUCUUCAUUUAACCUCAGCAUAGCCACACCCCCAAAGUCAUCAGGUACCACAAUGUUUGGAUCUGAUGAAGAAAUCUACUAUUGUAAACACUGUGUGUACAGCAAUAGAUCUGUUGUGGGAGUGCUAGUCCAUUAUCAAAAGAGACACCCAGAGGUAAAGGUGACAGCAAAAUAUAUCAAACAUGGUGCUCCCACCCCUGGAUUAAUGAAAUUAAUGGAUGAAUUGCAAAUUGCAGCUCCUAAACAGUUUUUGAAGCAAUUUCACAAUAAUGGAUUUGAUGGUUCUAGUAACUCAAGUCCUAAACCUGGAAGUGGAGAUAAGGGUGAGGCUGAGAUGCUGUUUUUUUGCCAACACUGUGAUUAUGGCAACCGUACUGUAAAAGGAGUGCUUAUUCACUACCAGAAAAAACAUAGGGACACAAAGGCUAAUGCUGACCUUGUACGCCGUCACACUGCAGUUGUACGGAGUCAGCGUGAGCGUGCUCAAAUGGGUCAAUCUGGCAAUCUUUCAUCUGCUGUCACACCAGCCCCUGCAGACUCUGAGAACUCAACAACUCUUCGGUCACUUAAAUGCAGACAAUGUUCUUACACAUCUCCUUAUGUCUAUGCUCUAAAGAAACAUCUAAAGAAGGAGCACCCUACUGUGAAGGCUACAGCCAUGACCAUAUUACACUGGGCCUAUCAAGAUGGUAUCCUUGAGGCUGGAUACCACUGUGAGUGGUGCAUUUACUCCCAUGCUGAACCCCAAGGCCUGUUGCUGCAUUACCAAAGACGCCAUCCUGAGCACAAUGUAGACUACACAUACAUGGCAAGCAAGCUAUGGGCUGGACCAGAGACGACACAGCAAGGGGGAAACUUUGACACCAAGCACUACCAAUGCAGAGACUGUGCCUUCGAGGCUUGUACAAUAUGGGAUAUCACCAGUCACUACCAAGCUGUUCACCCCUGGGCCAUCAAAGGAGAUGAAUCUGUACUUCUGGAUAUCAUCAAAGGAAAUAAGUUGCCAGAAAAGGUCCAGUCAAUGGCCAAAGAAAAUUCAACUUUUAAUUGCAAAUCUGAAGAUGAUGGUUCAUUGGUCAUUACCACCCCACCUCAAGAAAGCAACCCCCACCUUACCCAUCCACGACUCUCUAUCUCUAACAGCCCUUAUCAGUGUACUGUUUGUCUGUCAGAAUACAACAGUCUCCAUGGUCUCCUUACUCAUUAUGGUAAGAAGCACCCAGGCAUGAAGGUAAAAGCUGCAGAUUUUGCACAGGAGGCUGAUAUCAACCCUAGCUCUGUUUAUAAGUGUCGUCACUGCCCAUAUGUGAACUCUCGAAUCCAUGGUGUCCUAACUCAUUAUCAGAAACGCCAUCCUCUUGUUAAAGUCACUGCUGAAGACUUUGCAGAUGAUAUAGAGCACAUUUCGGAUGUAAAUGAUGGAGAUGACAAGUGCAAAACUCAAAGGCAGGGGUAUGGUGCAUACAGAUGUAAAAUGUGCCCAUACACUCAUGGAACACUGGAGAAACUCAAAAUCCACUAUGAAAAAUAUCACAAUCAACCAGCAUCCAAUAUGUUCCCUCCUUCUCUAACAAACUUCUCCCCAAGUAAAGAAACAGAGCCAAUAGCUGAAUGCAGUGCCAGUAGUUUAUCAAGUGCGCUGGUGGUACAUGAGGUCAGUGACUUUGACCUUGCUCUCUCCCAGUUUCCUGUUAAUAAGACAGAAAAACACACAGUGUUUAAGUGUCAGCUCUGCAAAUACUUUUGCUCCACCAGGAAGGGUAUUGCCCGUCACUACCGAAUCAAACACAACAACGUCCGUGCCCAGCCAGAGGGGAAAAACAAUGUCUUUAAAUGUGCUCUGUGUUCGUACACAAAUCCCAUACGCAAAGGUCUGGCAGCACACUACCAGAAGCGUCAUGACAUCGAUGCUUAUUACACCCACUGUUUGGCUGCUUCCAAGACUUUGAGUGACAAGCCUACUAAAGUGACAGCACCCCUGUCAUCUGGAGGAGACAGCUCAGAGAUGAAUGAAGACUUGCGUUUGGCUGUGGAAAGGAGAAAGUGUUCUCUUUGCUCUUUCCAGGCCUUCAGCAGAAAAAGCAUUGUCUCACACUACAUUAAACGUCACCCAGGUGUCUUUCCCAAGAAGCAACAUGGUAGCAAGCUUGGUCGCUACUUCACCAUGAUCUAUGGCAAAGAACCAGAGACCAUCAGUGCAUCGGUAGAGGAAGAUAGGGAUACCCCAGAGGUCCAACUUAAGUCUGAACAGGACAGAGAAGUUGAAUGGCUUCCAUUCAAGUGUUUAAAAUGCUUCCAGUUGUAUUUUAGCACAGUGGAGCUGCUGUCUAUGCACUACAAUGACCACCAUAGCAAUGACCUUAAGAGAGACUUUGUGGUUUCUCCCGGUACUGGAGAGGAUGGGUCAGAGUUGUAUCAGUGUUCUCACUGUGAGCUUAGGUUCUUGGCACUACCAAUCCUGGCCAAACAUCUGAUGAACCAUAAUGACGAGUUUCAGAAGAGAGCAAUGAGGCAGGAAAGGAGGCGGCAGCUUCUCACCAAGCAGAAGGCCACAGAGCUACCAGAAACCAAGCUAGAGAAGGAGAACCCUGGAAAUAAAGCCCCCAUAGGCUUUAGGUGUAACUUCUGCUUGGAGGUACAUCCCACCCUUCGAGCCAUCUGCAACCACCUUAGGAAGCAUGUCCAGUAUGGAGAGGUCAAAGAAGGACAUGUAAAGCAGGAAGACAGCGAGGUGCCCUUGUCCCUCCCCUCAGAGAGCAGUGUGAAUGGUGAACUUGAAGGAGAAGAGGCAGCUGCUGCUGAAGCUGACUGCAUGGAGACCACCGCUACUACGAUGGGUCCAGCAGCGGUCUCCACUCACACAGUAGAUGGCCAAGUGUCCAUGGAGACAACGGGAGCACGGACGGACAGCGGGGGUGGCAGAGCAGCGGCUCUUGUUGCUGCAGCAAAAGCAGUUAUCUUAGGGAAACAGCGUUUAGCAGCAGGUGGUCACCCAUGUGCCCAGUGUGACAGGGUCUUCAUGUCCAUGCAAGGCUUAAGAUCUCAUGAGAGAAGUCACUCAGCCAUGGCCCUGUUCAGUAGAGAGGACAAAUACAACUGCCAGUAUUGCCAGUUUGCCUCACCGUUCAGACACAAUCUGGACAGACAUGUGCAAUCUCAUCAUGGCCACCACAAGCCUUUCAGAUGCAAGUUCUGCCCUUUUAAAUCUUCCUACUUGAGUCGCUUGAAGAGCCACCUGCAUAAAGCUCAUGCAGGUAAACAACACACAUACAAGUGCUUGUCAUGCCCUUUCUCCUCUAUGACCAUCAGCCAGCUGAAGGAGCACUCUCUGAGAGACCAUGGCGAGACCCUUACACUCCCCAAACUCCGGGCUGCCACCCAGCCUGUUCAUGCCACACUCAGGCCCUUGAAGCCAGCCAGCGACACAGAGCAGACUCCUUCAGCCCCAGAUGAUCCAGCAUACGUGGAGCCAGCGGACGUUCGUCAGCAGCUUAGCCAUUACCAGUUGGCCUCCCGUAGUCAGUUGUCUUCCGGUCUAACACCUGGCUGCUCGCUAGUCCCUGGCAGUCGGCCAGACGGCAUCCUCACUUGUGAGUUCUGUGAAUUCAGUUCUGGCUACAUGCAGAGCCUCCGCCGGCACUACAGGGACCGCCAUGGUGGCAAGAAGCUCUUCAAGUGCAAAGACUGCUCCUUUUUCACAUGCUACAAGAAUACCUUCACCAUGCAUGUGGAGGCAGGUCAUACCGUCAGUGCCCCCGAAGAGGGUCCUAAAGACUUACGCUGCCCUCUCUGUCUGUACCACACCAAACACAAGAGCAAUAUGAUUGACCACAUUGUCCUGCAUAGAGAGGAACGUGUGGUGCCACUUGAAGUGAACCGUUCCAAGCUAUCACGCUAUCUUGAGGGCUUAGUGUUCCGCUGCCACAAAUGCACCUUUACAUGCUCCAGCGACCAGGCCCUGCAGCAGCACCUACAGAAACAUGCUGAACUCAAACCCUAUCAGUGCCAGCUCUGCUAUUAUGACAGCAGUCGACGGAGCCAGCUUGAGGAGCAUCUCCGCCUUGAGCAUAAGGUUAUCCGAAACUUUGAGCUGAUGGGCCGGGUCAACCUGGACCAGUUGGAGAUGAUGAAAGAACAUGAGAGCAGCGCAGAGGAAGAGGAGGAGAGAGAUAUGAUUGACAUUGUAGCCGAUGGACAAGCACCCACGGAUGAAGAAGACGAAGGAAUGGAAAUGGUGGAAAAUGAAGUCCAGGAUAAAAGAGAUAAUGAUGACGAAGAUAUGGAGGAAGGUAUUAAAAAUGAAGAUAUGGAAGAAGAAGAGGAUGAAAAAAAAGCUGAGGUGGUGGAGGCAGAGAAGCCUGCCCCACAAGAAGUCCUUCCAUCUCCCAGCAGUAGCACCAAUGGCCCAAGCAGCGUAGAAAAGCGUCUGCCUUGUGAGUUUUGUGGUCGCUGCUUCACUAACAGCACAGAGUGGGAACGACAUGUCCUUCGUCAUGGCAUGACGGUUAAUAACAGCCGUGUGGACAGCAGCACAACCACAGGAGUAGAGCCUUCAGUUCCGCCUCCCAUAGUCUCAAACGUCAUGAUGGACACGGGAUCGGAGCUGUCAAGCAACAGCACAGAGGGAGGAUACCCCAGUGGCCUGUCACAGAGAAGUCAGAAUUUGUUUGCGGAACACAAAGAAUUGCUCGAGACCAAAAAAGAUUAAAAGUUUGCCUGAAAGGUGGCCCAUCAGGAUAUUGUUCCAUUUUUGGUUUGAUUAAUUCUGAGUUAGGUUUUUAAGUAGGAUGUGAGAGGACGGAUGGAAAUUGAGAUAUAAAAACUCAAGCAAACACUCGUGUUUUGGCCCAUUCUUAGAUUUGUGUUACAUAUUAGAAGCGUUAGGUUGUGCUGCAUCCUACUUGAUAGAAAAUGGCUGAGCUUUUAAAAUUGGUGGUCCCCUUGGACAUAUAUCUUUAUAUAUUGGUAACCAAUAGUGAACAGCACUCUUAGUGCUGACAUUCUGGUCAGAUCCUCAAUGGAUGAUCCCACACAGACUAAUCUUAACUUAUUUAUCAAGAAUAUUCUCCAAAUUGAUUAAAAAAUGUAAGCAUUUAUUUUUAAAGCACCUUUCAAUACCCUCUGCAUAGCUAAACAUGGGGUACCCUUACAUGAAAGGAAGUGAAGGCCGGUGAAAGCAUUUACAUCCCCUCCCACUGUAGAGCUACCUGUUAUUUGUUUUUUUUUAUUGAAUGG